AUGAACCGUAAUCCCGCAAACUAAAGAUACUCUCAAGAUCAAUACUAUGAAGAUCAGGAUGAGGGCUACUACCAAAAUAACUAGAAUAGACCAAGGCAGUAGUAUGCAGACGUCUAUGUUCCAAGAAGAAACCAGUAGAGAGGAGGAAGAGGAUAAGCUCAAUAAAGAAGAGAAAUAGGCGGAACUGGCAUUUAACAGAAGAUGAGAAACAUGAACAGGGGCAGAAGUCAGAGUUAAGAUAGAACUUAUUAUCAAUUGAAAGGAAGCAAUCUCAUCAACAACAACUAGCAGAGAGUUAAUACUAAUAACUAGCAAACUAGAGGACCCUAAUAGUAUCAAUCAGACAGAUAGCCUAACCUCAGAGAACAAAUUAACAAUAAUAACUCAAGAUAAAGAAGCAACUCCUUCAAUGAUAGGAACAACAACAACAACUAUGAUAGGUAGUACAAUCAGCAAACGCCAAGAUCUAACUCAGUUGGGCGCUAACCAUUAAACAACAGAGUUGGACUUAAUCAGAAAUCUAAGCCCAUUUAGAAGGACAAAACUUAUCUCUAACCUGUACCAAGAUAGUAGUAGAAUAGAUAAUAGCUUUUGCCAAGAUAUCCAAUUGGUGAUAGACUAGGAAAUAGAGGACAAAGAAACAGAAACAGAGGCAUGCAGAAUGGAGAUUAUAGAUAUCAGGUCAAAGGAACUGGUAAUACCAACAAUAGAUAGUAAUAGCCACAAUAUAGAAAUAACUAAUAGCAGAAUAGGAAUAGAGGGAAUUAGCAAAAUGAUGGUCAAUAGCAGUAGUAUUACUAGAAUCAGCAAUAGCAUGUCCAGGGUAUUCUUAAGAACAAUAAUCCAUUUAAAUUGCCUUCCAAAAAUGAACAAAUGUCUAUCUAAGUGAAGGCAGAACUUGAAAAGCUUGGAGAAGCCUCAAGAGCUUAUUCAGAAAAAUUAAUUGAUGAUGGAUCUAAGGCUAUAAUCAAUCUAGCUUCUAGAGGUAGAGUUUCUCUAGAUCAAAGAUUCACUUAGCUACAGAAAAGCUAGUUAUAAUAGCAGAGCAACAAAAAUUAGGGUUUUGCCGGUAAUAACUAUAGAGAACAAGCAAAUGCUUAAUCCUAUGGAGGUUAGAGAGGUAAGAAGACUCUUAGAUUUAAUGCCAGACCUAAGCAAAUGAAUUCCAGACGUAACAAUUAUGGAGGUUAGAGAAAUUGA